AGUCACUGUUUGAUCAUCCCCUUCAGGAAAGGAAGGGCCCAAGUUGCGAGCAUGUGUAGAUGCUGCGGGAGGUUAAGGGUCAUUAGGAGGGACUCAUGGAUCUCGGACAAGGAUGGGGUAGGGGUUCUCGGGAAGCACAUGGGCUCGGAUGGAAAAGCCAGGCUUUCCGCCGGAGCCUCGGUCCGAGAAGAUCGCUUCUUCUUGGGCUGGAUCAACGUCGCGUUUUGGGACGGGGGGAGAAACUUGUGUGUGAACACAAACACACACACACGUAAACAAUGUCGAGUAGAGUAGAGUAAACAAUGUCGAGGAACGGACGUGUUUUGCAAAUCACUCCCGGUGUUAUUGGCAUUAUUUUUGUGAAAGCAGCAAUUUUGUACUACAAUUUUUUUGCUGGGCUGGAGAUAAGUGCUUGUGGAAGUGAUAGUUCCAGUGAUAGUUGCUGAGUGAAGUGAACUAGGAUCAAGUGUUCUGUUACGGAGGGAAUCGGGCGGCCCCAGGCCCUUGGCCGAGAACGCCGAACCGCCUGGAUCAGCCUUAAACACAAAGCUGCUUACAGGGUCCCAGUGAGCAGGCUGCGAACGCUUUCUCGUGACGGAAGUUAAGUAAAGUGCAGUGAAGUGAGAGUGAGUGUAGUGUUGUGGUACGGAUCCUUCGACCGAGCUAGGGGAAGUUUUGAUAAACCGAUUUAAUUCGGUAGCGUCGGUUCCUCCUGAACCAUCAACCGUGGGUUCGUGUUAGUGACAACGACACUCAGAAGGAAGAGUACACGCGGACAAACGCAACGAGAAAGCGCUUAGUAGCGCACGCACACGCGUGGCCUACCUCUACCUCUCUCGCUUUAUCCCGGUGGGUGUAAGCGUGGCGGCCUAAUGUUAAGGUCCGUCUACACGAGGCAAGGCGGAGAGAUUGAGGAAGGAACUCGGGCAGAUCCCCUACUGUGGAAGGUGCGCAAAUACAUCCAAAAAGGCUGGCCCGCCGACUCAUCACACGGAUUGGAGUUAGCACGCUUCUUCAAUAGAAGGGAUGACCUGUCAACCGUGGGUGAUUGUGUUCUUUUUAGAGAGAGAGUGGUGAUCCCAAAAGAGCUACGCAUGCGGUGCUUGAAUCAUCUACAUAGAGGACACCCAGGGAUACAACGCAUGAAAUCCAUAGCUCGCAGUUAUUUAUACUGGCCGUCGAUUGAUGAAGAUAUAGCCGAUUGCGUUUCCACUUGUUCAUCCUGCAUGGAAGUCGUAAAAUCACCGCCGCUACUGGAACUAAAACCUUGGCCCAAGACGUCUACACCAUGGGAAAGAGUGCACAUAGAUUAUGCUGCACCUGUGGACGGAGUUUACUUUUUGAUCCUGGUUGAUGCAUUUUCAAAGUGGCCAGAAGUCGUCAAAACGUCCACCAUAACCACGACAGCUACUAUCUCGAUUCUUCGAAGUAUAUUUGCACGUUUUGGCAUGCCCGCAAAACUAGUCAGCGGUAACGGAGCCCAGUUCACUAGCGACACAUUCAACGAUUUCUGCAUACAAAGUGGCAUUGAGCACGUAAAAACGCCACCCUUCCAUCCGCAAUCUAAUGGGCAAGCCGAGCGCUUCGUCGAUACCUUGAAACGUGCCCUGAAGAAAAUACAAUCAAAAGAUACAUCCACGGAAGCGGCUCUCGACAUCUUCCUGCAAUCGUAUCGCUCUACUCCACAUCCUGCAUUAGACCAACGCACGCCAGCUGAAGCCAUGUUUGGGCGAAACAUCAGAAUUGCCUUAGACCUUAUACGCCCAACACCACACACCGAAGUCGACCAACGAAAAAAUCAGCAACCGUUUGCAGAUAGGCAGUUUCAACCCGGAGAUGCUGUCUACGCGAAAACCUAUUCGCGAAAUGUGUGGAAAUGGGUAACUGGAGUGGUCUCCAAACGUAUUGGAAGCGUUAUGUAUGAGGUCAUUACCGACGGACAUCGCACUCAUCGUCGGCAUGUAAAUCAGCUACGCAAACGCACACCAGGCUGCCGUAGAAGUCUUACCAGCGAAUCAGCUAAGCACCAGCUGCCGCUAGACAUGCUUACUGAAAUGGCACCAACACCGAAGGCACCAGUGGAACGGAACAAAGAUCCGUCCAGCACACCACGGCAUCUAUCUUCCAAUGGGUCCCCAACGCAGCAGACCGUGCAACCUCUGCCAUCUACAUUCGGGACCAGCAACCGCCAGCCGAUACAACCGCUACGCCGUUCUUCUAGGCUUAGAAGACCCCCGCGUAGGCUCGACGGAUAUCGGCUCUACUAAAGAGGGGGAGAUGUUGUGACCCGGCCUGCCGUUCCCUGGAUUACUGCAGUCACUCACCGCUGACAAUCCUGCCAGCGUGUUGAUGUGUUUGUGAGAGCGGUAGACCUGGGAAACGUUGCCAGGGGCAAUGAACGGAAGCCUGGCGUUCAACAAGGAUUCUGUUC